AUGAGCAGGUCACCUUCCAUCGGAGCGGAGGAGAGAAAUCUUGGCACCCCUACACGCCAUUCCAGAUGUCGAACCGGGACUCCAACGACUGGACGCGAAUGCGCAAAGGAGGUUGGUGGUUGCGGAGGGGCCCCCGUUUCGAUGCAAUGCGCUACUGGCAUCAGUUCUCGGACUUUGCUCCUUCGACGAUCUUUGGCCAGGGUGUGGGAGCGGGGGUGGAUCGCUGUCACAGGAUCCUACCUUUAA